AUGUCUAGAACUACCAUUGAUAUUAACAAGUCCCUUCCUGAUAUUCCUUCGGUAGAACUCGAAAUACUCGAGGAACAUGAUGAAAUGCAAGAAGAAUAUGAUGAUUCUGAUCAAGAUAACAAUUCGAUGGAUGGAAUGCCUUCAAUGCGUUUUUCACAAAAUCCAAAAGCGAAUGAUAAUGCACAACGUAUUUCUGAAAAAAUUUCUCACCUUGUCAUGGAUAUAAACCACAUUACAAAAGAUGGCGAAGUUAUUACAAAAACUAUUGAAAGAGAUAUUAAUGCCACUAUAACCAAUGGAAACUUUAUAACUAUUGGUAACGACCAGCGUGCAAAAAUUGGUGGUAUCCUAAGAAUCGCUAAAACCGACAAUAUUUCGUUGCAUCAUUUCUUAAUUAUUUGCUGCGAUCCAUUUUGA